CCUCGAAGCUUUGGAUCCAUCACAGCACGGGCCGCUAACUGGCUGAGCUUAAUUGAUGCCUUGAACAUGAGGCAUUCAAGAUGUCGCACUCUCCCAAGUCCAGGUUCUUGGCGGUCUGGUGGAAAUCGCAAUGUGUCGCCCCUUGUCAGCACUGCUGCCCAUCGACCCUGUAUUGCAAGUUUCGCGAAAUCAUCACGACCGAAAGCAUCGCCGCUUCGCAUAAAGGCACCCCAUACCACUAUCCCGCAUCCAAACCCUUCGGAUCGCAUAUUGUGUCUAUUGCGGGCUUCGGCCACCAUACUCUUCCGCCAUGGAUUUAAACAACAUCAAGAAGCAGGUCUCGAACCUGACGCUGUACGACCUGAAGGCUGGCGUGCGGAAGAUGCAGAAUGCCGUCAUGAAUUUCACAGAAAUGGAGGCGAAGGUCCGCGAAGCUACGAACAAUGAGCCAUGGGGCGCGUCGUCUACCCAGAUGCAGGAGAUCGCCGAUGGCACGUUCAACUACCAAACCCUGAACGAGAUCAUGCCCAUGAUUUACCGGCGAUUCACGGAAAAGUCGGCCGAAGAAUGGCGGCAAAUCUACAAGGCGUUGCAAUUACUCGAGUACCUGAUCAAGCACGGCUCCGAGCGUGUCAUUGACGAUGCCCGAUCCCAUAUUACGCUUCUCAAGAUGCUGCGUCAAUUCCACUUCAUCGACCAGAACGGCAAGGAUCAAGGCGUUAACGUUCGGCACCGCGCCAAGGAACUGGCUGAACUUCUCGGUGAUGUUGAACGCAUACGAUCGGAGCGCAAGAAAGCACGCACAAACAAGGGCAAAUUCACCAGCAUGCAGAGUGGUGGGGGGAUGGGAAGCUCGAGCCGCUAUAGCGGGUUCGGGAGCGACUCGGGAUACGGCGGCGGCAGCAGCUCAACAUUCGGCGGAUAUUCUGGCGGAGUGUACGGCGAUGGAGGCGGUUUCGGAGGCCAAUCGGACGAUUACCGCUCCACACAGGCCCGAGGAGACAAGUUUGAGGAAUACGAUGAGUUUGACGAAGGGGAGCGGCCUGCUGCGUCGGCGAGCGCCGCUCGGGUGACUCGGGAUACAACUGAGCGCGCGGGAGUGAAGCGAACUACGGAACAGCCGAAGAAGAAGGAGCCCGAAGUGGAUCUCUUCGACUUUGACGAGCCUGCCGCUCCGACCGCGGCGGCUGCCUCUAGCGUUGCUCCUCCCAACCCUUCCGGACUGGCGUCGCUCGGUGAUGGUGGCGCCGACGACGACGAAUUCGAUGAUUUCCAGUCCGCAUCCCCGCCAAAGCAAACAGCAGUUUCCCAACCGCCACUCACCGGGGCUCUCCCGGCACCCGGCCUGUCCCUGGCCGCGCCGAAGCCUGUAUCCGCGCCAGCGCAGGCGAAUCUGAGCGGGAUGGUCGCUUUGUCGUCCAUCUCCCCGCCGCCAAGCUCGACCGCCAGCCCCGCUGGCAACGUCUCGGCUUUUUCCACACCUCUCACUGCAAGCACGCUGUCCCCGGCGGCGCAGGCACCCAAGCCUGCUGGAUAUCAGGCGUCCGGGCCCAAUUACUUCUCUUCAGUGCAGCCUACUACUCCAUCUUCGGCAGGGGCCCAGGCGUCCGGUGGCCCUCCAACUAGCAAGCCGGCCGCCGGCGGAGAUGCUUUCGGUGCCUUGUGGUCUCAGGCAAGUGUUGGCAUCAAGAAGAACACGCAAACCGGACCGGGGCCUGCCAUGGGGCAACUUGCAAAGGAGAAGAGCAGUGCCGGAAUCUGGGGCGCCCCUGCCUCGACAACUCCGAGUAACGCCGGCGCGGGCAGCAAACCACUUGGAAAUGGGCUGGAUGACCUCCUAGGCUAGUGUUGUCUCAUCAACAGCAUUUGUUACUUUUGCGGGUUCGAUGCAAACCUCUUUUCAGGAUGCCAUCGCAGCCCGGGCAGGGCGGGGGACGUCGCGCAGUGACGAGGUUCAUGAUCCUGGAUGGAUGACUGCAAUGUGGGAUUUCACACAGACAACACAGGGAGCAGUAGAUGCGUACAAACUUGAGAAGUAGUUCUCCAC